CGGAGAGAGUCGCACGGCCAGCCAGGACCGGGGGAGGAGGCGUGUGUGUGCUCCGGCGGACAGCAGCGCGGCCAAGCGGAGAUCGACAGCAACUACUGCACACCCGCCAGAUGGGGUCGAUGCCGACGCAGUCCGUGCUGCGCGGGGAGGAGAGACCCGAGGCGGGGCGGUCAGCGCCCUUGCACCGCCUGAUGGAGGCGGGGCUGCCCGGGGCUGCCAACCUGCCGGCCGUGCUCGAAGAGGGAGGAGGCGGCAACACCGCCAGCACCACGCACGCCGAGCUGCACCGCGACGCGGCCAGGCUCGCCCGGGCCAUGGUGCGCCGCGCGGGAGGGGGGACCGCCCCGGGGGACAGGCUGGUGGCGGUGUGCAUGGAGCCGGGCAGGGAACUGCUCGUGGCGCUGCUGGCGGCGUGGAAGAGCGGCGCGGCCUACCUGCCCCUGGACCCGGGCUUCCCCGCCGCCAGGGUGCGCCACAUCCUGGGGGAGGCAAGCCCCGCGCUGCUGGUCGCCGACACGGUCGACGCGCGCCUGUACGAGGGCUUGGUGGACGCGGUGAGCUACGAGGAGCUGCGACAGGAGGCGGCCCACCUCCCCGGAGAACCCCUGGUCCAGGAGGAGAUGCUGGGACAGGGCAGCAUCGCGCUGGUGCUCUACACGUCCGGCAGCACGGGAGUGCCCAAGGGCGUGCGGCUGUCGCACCGCGCCGUGCUGAACCGCCUGGCGUGGCAGUGGCGGGUGUUCCCGUACGGCUCGGAGGAGCGCACCUGCGUGUUCAAGACGGCGCUGACCUUCGUGGACUCGGUGUGCGAGCUGUGGGGCCCGCUGCUGUGCGGGCGCGCCGUGCUGGUGGUGCCCCGGGAGGUGACCCGGGACCCCGAGCGCCUGGUGCGACUGCUGGAGGACCACCAGGUGGAGCGGCUGGUGCUGGUGCCGUCCCUGCUGCGUGCCGUGCUGCUGUGCCUGGAGCUGGACCCCAGGCGGGGAGGGGGAAGGCUGGCGCGCCUGCGCACCUGGGUGUGCAGCGGCGAGCCUUUGGCCCCGGAGCUGGCAUCGCGCUUCUUCCGGGCCUUCCCCGGCGGCCGCCACCGGCUCUGCAACUUCUACGGCAGCACCGAGGUCAUGGGCGACGUCACCUACCACGUGAUGGAGUCCUCCCGGGACGUGGCCAUCGCCGGCAAGGUCCCCAUCGGACGGCCGCUGGACAACACGGCGGUGUACCUCCUGGACAGCCAGAUGCAGCCCGUGGUGGCGGGGGAGGCGGGGGAGCUGUACGUGGCGGGGCUCAACCUCGCCGACGGCUAUGUCAACAACCGCGACCCGGACCGCUUCGUCAGCAACCCGCUGUCCACCGACCCGGACUACUCCCGCCUGUACCGCACUGGCGACUUCGCGCGGCUCGUCAAGGGCACGCUGCUGUACGAGGGCCGCACCGACUCCCAGGUGAAGGUGCGCGGCCACAGGGUGGACCUAUCAGAGGUGGAGCGCGCCGUCCUGUCCCUGGCGCCUGUGCAGAAGGGCAUCGCCCUCUGCUACAAGCCGGGCGAGAUCAACCAGGCCCUGGUGGCGUUCGUGACCGUGGAGGACGGUACUGUGACGGAUCAUGACCUCGAGGACAUGCUGUCGACGAGGCUGGCGUCCUACAUGAUGCCGCAGAUCGUCAUUGUCGAGAAGAUCCCACUGCUCGUGAAUGGCAAGAUAGACAGGCAGACCUUGCUGAAGGACUACGAGACAGCGCACGAGAACGGGGUGAACAACAACAGCACCAUCGAGGCGGACUACUCGGGGGUGCCGGGCAAGAAGAUGGCCGCCGCGCAGGUCCUGUUCGAGACGGUGGGCUCCGUGCUCGGCAGCAGCGUCCGCUCGGGCAUACGGCUGGGCGCGAGCUUCUACGAGCUGGGCGGCAACUCGCUCAACUCGGUGUACACCGUGACCAGGCUGCGCGAGCAGGGCUACGUGAUCGGCAUCAGCGAGUUCAUCUCGAGCGCGACCCUGGGCGAGGUGCUGGACAGGAUGCUGCCGGAGGACUCCAUAGAGUGCCACGCGGGGGUCAACCCCUCGGAGUCGCGCUUCUCCGCGCAAGCACUGCGGGACUCGCACCGACUCAACGUCACCAGGAUGAUCACGACAAGCUUCUACGAGAAGGCGGACCUGGAGAGGUGGCUGACGCCCGGCGUCGCUGUCCGAGACUACGCGGAGCUCGUGGACGCCCUGUGGGAGCCAUUGUUGCAGAAGCAGCUCAGUUUCGUGGUGGAGACGGAAGACGGGCGGCCGGUGGGCGUGGCCUUGAACUUCGACGCCCACGACGAGCCGGCCGUGGAGCUGAAGAGCAAGCUGACCAUUGUGUUCGACUUCCUGGAGCACCUCGAGGGUCCGAUAAGGGAGAAGCGGCUGCCGAGGGGCAAGGGACAGGUGCUGCACAGCUUCAUGCUGGCGACUGACGCAGCGCUGUCCGCGCAGGAGAACGUGGCCGUCGUGCAGUUCAUGGAGCAGGAGGUGCUGUCGCUGGCGAGGAGGCGGGGCUUCGCCGGGGUCUUCACCACCAACACCAACCCCCUGACCCAGCAACUCGGCACGGACGUCUACGGCUACCAGACGCUCCUCGAGUACCAGGUGAACGCGUACGCGGCGCCGGACGGCUCCAGGCCGUUCGCGGCGGCCCCCGACGAGCAGAAGGUGGUCGUGUCCUGGCGUCGGUCCUGAGCGGGACGCCCCUGGGGGCUCUCCUGCCGGCCGCUCGGCCGGGCACCCGCCCCCUCUCGCCGGUCGCCAGAACGCCGGUCGCUUGCCGAGAAGAAGAGUCACGCAAAAACACUUGGGGAUGCGCCCGAGAUGCUCCCGCCGGGAAGUCGCGAUCGCCCCGUUUCCGAUCGAUCCGGAACUCGUAUAAAAAUCUAGGUUUAUGUGAUUGAGUCGUCGAGUCGUCAUGUCUGCCAACCGCGGGGGAUUUUUUAUUUUUUUUUAAAUGCGAAUCUAACGAAACACACUUUUAGAAGUAUGCGUUCUGAAAACAAGUACAUACGAAGUGAACGUAACAGUAACAACGCCAAAAUACGUCACGGUGCAAUAAAUUACUCACUUCUCAUUUCACUCUUGUUAUGCGGAACUUUGAUGAGCAUCUACUACUACUACUUACACAUACUGGAUAAUUUUUACCAAAAAAAAAAAAUAAUUUAAAUUCCCCCAAUUCUGGCUAUGAUUAUAUGUUACAGCAUUAAACAGGAAUUGAAAUAAAUUGGAAUCGGGAGUAAUAAAAUUCUGGACUAGUUCGAACCGUAUUCAAGUUUAUAAAUUGGAACGGCAUAUCCCUAUAAAAAUAGAGCUCUCACGCAUAGCUAGUGCAGGGAGGAGGGAAGGGGGAAGUUUUGGACUAUGGGGCAAUCCACAAAACCUUGAUGUUUCAGGUCGCAACUCUGAUGACACUAGCACGCACUGUGCGUGAGACUAUGGAACAAGACUGCCGCACGUAUCUUGCGCAGUUUUCAUAACAACCUCAACAGCAGGGCAGCGAACUGAAAACAAUCGCCUUGAAAAAAUUCAGCCUUUGCAAAGAAAUUAUUAUGGUUUUUCAAAGCCAUUUUACACUUUUCAAAACUGGAUAUAUAUAUAUAUUUUUGUAUUUACAAUUUUAGGAUUUACGAUAUCACUUAUUUAUUUAUUAACUAGAGCCUUGAAUAAAGACUGUCAAUUAUUUAGAGAUACAGGCAAAUAAGUUACGUGCCUAUCUUUUAUUCUUGGAUAUUUUCACAUUAGUGUAGCAUAUACACGUGUACAAAAAACUUGGGUCAGUGUUUCAAAAGAAUAUCUUGAAGCUUUGUAAUAUAUGCUCACUUAAGAAAAAUCUACAUACCCUUACACUUGCACCAAACAUACAAGUGUUGUAAUGGGUGGAAGAAAAAAAAAAUAUAUAUAUAUAUAUAUAUAUUUAUCUGUUGACUAUUUAAGUUAUAAAAGGUGAAAAAAUUGUGAUAGAAGGUUGGUGAUAUUUCUGCUCAUACUUCGUAUAAUCUGCCUUGUGAACUUUUUUUAUGUUCUGCUCUAUAUUUACUGAAUAGUUGUUACAUGUAGAUGUGUACA